GUGUGCCUGCUCAUCUCCUCCUCCUCCAGACCUUGCAGAGUGGCCAGUGUGUGAUGCAGGUGCUGGGUCUGGUCCUGGCCUUUGGUAACUUCAUGAAUGGUGGCAACCGAACCAGAGGACAGGCUGACGGCUUUAACCUGGAUAUCCUGCCCAAGCUGAAGGAUGUGAAGAGCAGUGAUAACACACGGAGCCUGUUGUCCUACAUAGUGGCGUACUAUCUGAGGCACUUUGACGAGGACGCCGGCAGGGAGACGUGCCUCUACCCUCUCCCUGAGCCCCAGGAUCUGUUCCAGGCUUCACAGAUGAAGUUUGAGGACUUUCAGAAGGACCUGACCAGGCUGAAGAAGGACCUUCGAGCGUGCAACACAGAGGUGGAGAAGGUGUGUAAAGUGUCGUCUGAAGAUCACCUACAGCCCUUCAAGGACAAGAUGGAGGAAUUCCUCAGCCAAGCUAAAUCUGACCUGGAGGUCCAGGAGACGCAGCUCAGUGAGACUCACAAGUUGUAA